AGGGUUUUAGGAGGUUUUAAGCUGGCGUGCGAUGACUUCACUUCAGCAACAAGCCCUAGCGAUUCUUCGCGCUACUCUAACUCGCCCUCUAACUCACCGAUUUUCAUCGUAUUCACACUCAUCAGACGUACCAUGUCAUCACCAAACCCUGAAUCCACGGAUUCCGAAAGCCCAACAAUCCCGUCAGAUUCCUCCACCGAGAACAAUAACCCGGCAGACCCAGACCCAGAUCAACCCAACGGUGAAUCGUCGAAUUCAGGAGAGGGAGGGGAAGAGGAAGAAGGAGAGUGUGGGUUUUGCUUGUUCAUGAAAGCGGGUGGCUGCAAAGAAAGCUUUGUAGCUUGGGAAACGUGCGUGGACGAAGCCGAGAAGAAUGGCGAAGACGUUGCCAUGAAAUGCAUGGAAGCCACUUCGGCUUUGAAGAAGUGCAUGGAGGCUCACGCCGAUUACUAUGAGCCGAUACUGAAAGCCGAGAAGGCCGCCCAGGAAGAAGCCAUUAGGGAGUUAGAAAAAGAAAAGGCUGCUAAAGAUUCUGAGCAAAAUUUGGAAUCCAAAGAGGAUUUGCAGAAAAUUUGAGGUGCUUGCUGGUUUUGAAAUUAUCUUUUUGGGUUUUUAGAGAUAAUUGUUGUUUUUAGCGGUAAACUCAGCCAAUUGGAUGGCAAAGGAGGAUACUUUUUUGGAUACUGAUUUACUACUAAUAGAGGAAAGGUUAUUAAGAGAUCACGAGAAAUGAAUAAUAUUGACUGGAUAAUGAUUUUUCACUGGAACAAACAUUAUUGUGUUUUAGUUAUCUUUGAUUGUUUAGAUUACUUUCGUAUGCUGUUUCAGACUUGCUGGUUGAUUUAUGUGAUUAAGUAACUUGGGAAUUCUAAGUUUGAAAUGAAUUUUAAAGUUGCUGGUUAGUCACCAGUUGGUUCAAGAUUGGUAACCGGAAUUGUUUGAAAGAACAAUAUUUCUACAUGCUCCAGUAGUUGUUACUUCUUUUGCAGUUGUUCCAACAACAUUCAAGGUCUUGUUGAACAGAGUUAAUGAGCCCGAACUUGAUCAACCUUUCAAGAACUGAAUGGAGAGGUGUUUUGAGAGUUUUCGAGUAUGGAUGCUAUGCAAAUCCUACGGUGAGGUAUGUUGAGGAAAAGAUUUGAGUGUGGCAUUUGAACUUAGAUGCUUAUAAUUGUAUUGCUCUUCAAGAUAACAUUCUUAUUUGAUUGAGUAAAAUAAAUGUUUAAUUGAUA